AAACCUCGUACUGGUAAUUUGUCAGACAGUGAUACUGUACUUAAACAAUUAAGGAAUUAAUCUGAAACUUCAGAAAAACAGGAAACAAUUACUACAGUAAUACAUGUAAUAUUGUGCCGAUGCAUUAAUUGUAACUGUAGAAUAGUUUAAUACAUAUUAAUUAGUUGAAGGUGAACAAUAUUGCACAAACGAUGGAACAAUUGUGCGGAUUAACUGAAUGUGAGACCUAAUGCGGAAAAAACACAUCUCUUUUUUAUAGUUAUAGUUCUAAUAUUUAUUUGUUACUCUGACAUUAAAAUAUGAAUUUUCCGGCAAGUCCGCACGCUUUUACAGCUCUUGGCGUUGGUGCCGGUUCAACAGCAGCUCUAGGACUGCAUGCUCCGUCUCUACCACUAUCUCUUCCGCAACGAAAUCCAUUCGCCAUACAGGAACUGUUAGGUUUGAGCUCCCAGAGUUCGGAACGGUGCAGACCUCCCGUUCCAACAUCGUCAGACUCAUUUUUGUCCGCUUCGGCGUUUCUUGCCUCAUCGUUUUCGCCUCCAUUGUCAGUUACAUCGGUGGCAUCCGGACUUAAUACAUCCGCAUUCCCUUAUAUGGCAUGGAAGUCAAGUUUUAUGAACGCAUUGAACAAUUCGGCGCAAGGGCUGUUAAACUUUGGACCUUCCAUUCCACCGUCAACACCACCAAGUUCUGUGCUCUGCAAGUCAGAUUUUAAAUCAGGUUUGGACGCUAGCUUCAGCAGCGAUAAAAGUUCAGAUUCGAUAGAAACAGGUUCCAUUAGCGGCAAGAAAAAGAAGAAAAAGAGGCGACACAGAACGAUAUUUACGAGUUUCCAGCUGGAAGAACUUGAAAAGGCAUUCAAAGAUGCACACUAUCCAGAUGUUUACGCUCGUGAGGUGCUAGCAUUGAAGACAAAUUUACCAGAGGAUCGAAUACAGGUAUGGUUUCAAAAUCGCAGAGCAAAAUGGCGCAAAACGGAGAAAACGUGGGGACGUUCAAGUAUCAUGGCGGAAUAUGGUCUGUAUGGUGCUAUGGUACGUCAUUCACUUCCGCUUCCGGAAACUAUACUUAAGAGUGCUAAGGAAGGUGUUAUGGACUCUUGUGCGCCGUGGCUACUGAGCAUGCAUAAGAAGUCUAUUGAGGCACAAUCUACUUUAACUGGGGAUGGGAGUAACAUUGAUCAAGAAUCUAUUGACAAACCAGAUGAGAGGAAGAAUUCGUACAUGGUUCAGACAGACAUUCGAUCUGAAAGUAUUGCAACGCUGAGAGCAAAAGCUCUUGAACAUUGUGCAAAAAUAUCACAAAGUGAAACACAUGGUAACGACACUUCCGACAAAACAGAGGACCAGUCAAAUAGUGUUGAAUUAGAUAGUAAAACUGAACAUUCCAAAUAUAAAAGUUCAUUUGAAGAUCCAAGGGAUGAUAGCGACAUUGUUACCGUUGUAUAAUUGCUUUACGUUAUUAUAUUUUGUUACUGUUUACUUUAUUUGUUGAAUGUAGUGAUGGUGUGCAAUUUAGAUUCCAGUUAUUAAAAUAGUUCUGUGUUGAUUAAUUACGUAACUUUUAGGUUGACAAUUCCCUUAUUUUAUUUGAGCUGCAAACAUGAAAAAUACAAUAUCAUUAUGUCGGAAACAGACAGUAUAUUUCAUUUACGUCGCUAGGUGAUUGUUCACAAUUUUGGAAUUGAUUGACAUUACACUGUUUUAUCUAGUCUUAAAUAUCUAACUAUCCUACGUUUGAGUGUAAAUCAAAGCGCAACCAUAAAAACAAUCCUGACGUAUAUGUUUUCUGUUAGAAGCAUAAAACUUAACGAACUGAGAGACAUAGAUAUAUUUAAAUUUCAAAUCACAUUAAAAUGGCACAAGACAUUAAAACAAAAUCCCUGCAGAAUUCAGCAGUGAGCCCAAAAAUACAUACAAAACAAUAUCAUUAUAUCUAUCAAGAAGUUAAUGGGAAUAUGGCCAGGAGGUCUGGACUGUCUUAUGAGUUUGGACCUCCUACACACCAUGAGUAAUCAUCUGUUAAUGUUUAAAGCACGGAAGCUUCCAAUAUAUAAUAUUCCUCACACACUUCUCUAAUAACAGAAAGUGGACACACCUCUGUAAAGCGGUAGAAAACACGUUGUCAAAUUAACUCAGUUUUCACUAAAUACUGUGCAUAUCAUUUGGAAAAUAUUGAUAAUAAAUGGCAUUUUUCAUCUACUGGUAUUGUUGUUAUUCAUACAUAUCUUCCGUUUUAAUGUAUUAGCUAGUAAGUGUGAAAGUCUUUAGUUUACGAGUACAAAUUGAAAUGAAAUUUACGAUUACUGUACACCAUACGUUCUUAUUUAAUGUGCAGUUACAUCUAAUAGUGUAUCUUAAUUUACUGCAGACAUUCUAGCUUAUUGUUACCACCUGUAAUGACUCGAGUUUUGACUAAUCUUGUGAGUGAAAUUUGUUCACCUUUUGCCGUCAUUUAUGCUUCUGGUUUCAUUUAUUUUUUAAUAAUUUCUGAGAAAUAUCGAUGCACUAUUUCAUGUCUUGUUGAUGAUACACCCAUCACAGGGUGGCCAACCCACGUGACCUUUGGAAAUCUUACACACGGAGAGAAUGUCCUGAUUCAGGUGACAUUUUGCCUAUUGACGGAUUUUCAAAGAUAAAGAGCGUCGAAGACAGCAAAAAUGAACGGUUUCCUCCACACAAAACGCUGCAAUUAGUUUUCAGUACUUUUCUCAAACAUUUCACCCAACUGCGAAAGUGUCUAUGUUAUCUACACAGUUAAUCCACGAAAAGCAGUUGGGCGAAGUGUUUGAGAAAAGUACCAAGAACUGAUGGCAGACGCUUUGUGCUGUGGAAAGCACUCAUUUUGCUGUCUUCGACGCACUUUAUUUAAUGAAAAUCUGUCAUGUAAUAAGGCAAAUAUAGGCAAAAUGUUACACGAGUCGAGACGUUUUCUCCGUGUGUACGGUAUCCAAAAGUCACGCGGGUUGGCCACCCUGAUCAUACCAUGUAAAAUGUCCGCUAAGUUUCUUUGUUGAAAUGUGUUCUUUUACAAGACAAUGAAUAUUAACACUGGCAAAAUCACCACAAACAGAAAUGACCAGACGAAAGAAAAUAAAAUACUUUAAAAAGGUGUCUUCACAUUGUUUUUCAAUGUAACUCUGUUAUU